CAAUCGGUUUUUAUUUUGUUACCGUGAACCCAUGGCUACCGGGGAGGAUGAGAAGGCGGCGGGGCGCGUGGCGUUGCACCGGCUGUUCGUGUUCGCGGACAGGACGGACGCGGCGCUCAUGGCCGUGGGCGCCGUCGCCGCGGUGGCGAACGGGAUGGUGCAGCCGAUCAUGGCCUUCAUCUUCGGCGACGUCAUUGACGCCUUCGGCUCCGGAGCCACCGACGGCGUCGUACGCAGGGUCGUCCAGGUGAUCAUGAACUUCGUUUAUCUUGCCGUUGGAUCAGGAGUAGCUUCAACCCUCCAGGUAUCAUGUUGGACAAUCGCCGGAGAAAGACAGGCGGCACGAAUCAGAGCCAUGUAUCUCAAGGCAAUUCUGAGGCAGGACAUUGCGUUCUUUGACAUGGAAAUGAGUGCUGGGCAGGCAGUUGAGAGGAUGGCAGGGGACACAUUCCUCAUCCAAGACGCCAUUGGAGAAAAGGUUGGGAAGGCCAUACAACUCCUUUCUACUUUCAUUGGUGGAUUCAUCAUUGCAUUCACGAGAGGAUGGCUCCUGGCCCUUGUCAUGCUUUCAAGCGUCCCUCCGAUUGCCAUUGCCGGUGCAAUUGUUUCAAAGUUGAUGACAGGGCUCUCCACCCGAAUGCAAGCAAACUACAGUGAUGCUGGAAACGUGGUGGAGCAAACUCUUGGUGCCAUUAGGACGGUUGUUUCAUUCAAUGGCGAGAAUCAGGCUAUAACAAAAUAUAACAUGUUCAUAAGAAAGGCGUACCGGUCUUCUCUGCAAGAAGGUGCUGUAAAUGCCCUUGGAUUCGGUUCUGUGAUAGCAAUCUUAUUUUCAAGUUAUGGCUUGGCUGUUUGGUAUGGAUCUAAGCUGAUAGUCGAGCGAGGUUACAAUGGUGGCAUGGUCAUUUCUGUUAUCAUGUCUGUCAUGAUCGGAGCAAUGUCCUUAGGCCAGGCAACACGAUCAGUGACAGCUUUUGCAGAAGGCCAAGGAGCAGCACAUAGAAUGUUCAAGAUAAUUGAACGCAAGCCAGAUAUUGACAUAGAUGAUAACACAGGUAUCAUAUUGGAGGAUGUCAAGGGUGAUGUUCAACUGAAGGACGUGUACUUCAGCUAUCCCACCAGGCCUGAACAUUUGAUUUUCGAUGGAUUCUCGUUGCAAGUACAAAGUGGAACAACAAUGGCCCUGGUUGGUGACAGCGGCAGUGGGAAAUCGACCGUGAUCAGUUUGGUAGAAAGGUUCUAUGACCCACAGGCUGGAGAAGUCUUGAUUGACGGGGUCGACAUUAGAGGAAUGAAGCUUGGAUGGAUGAGAGGAAAAAUUGGUCUUGUCAACCAAGAGCCGGUGCUAUUCUCAACUACAAUCAGGGAAAACAUUGCCUAUGGAACAGAAAAGCCAACACUUGAAGAUAUCAAUAGAGCGAUACAGCUCGCUAAUGCUGCUAUAUUCAUCGACAAGUUACCAAAUGGUCUUGACACAAUGGUGGGGGAACAUGGAACUCAGCUGUCUGGAGGGCAGAAACAGAGAAUAGCAAUUGCUAGAGCAAUCAUAAAGAACCCUAAGAUCUUGCUACUGGAUGAAGCAACCAGUGCGUUGGAUAUGGAAUCGGAGCGGGUGGUUCAGGAAGCAUUGGUUAGGAUAAUGGUUGAAAGGACAACAAUUGUUGUUGCUCAUCGCCUAAGCACGGUGAGGAAUGCUGAUGUGAUAUCUGUCCUACAACACGGGAAGAUGGUGGAACAAGGUUCACACGUUGACCUGAUGAAGCUACCUGGAGGAGCUUACACUCAGCUGAUUCGUCUACACGAGACUCAACAAGAGGCAGAAGAUGUCCACCCUGACAUGGAAAUUUCCAGGAGAUCAACAAGUAAAGGCUCCUCCUCUUUUGGGCAGUCUAUCCCUGCUCCACUUGGCUCACCCGAUCCAACGGAAGUCAGUGGUGCUCCUGACACAGAGGAAGGAGCUACAGACAGAGUGAAAGUGGGUAGGUCUCAGAAGAAAGCUUCGAUCGCCAGACUCUUCAAGCUCAACAAGCCAGAGACUCUUGUCCUUGCACUUGGUUCUAUAGCUGCCGUAGCGCAUGGCACUAUAUUUCCUAUCUACGGCACGCUGAUUUCCACUGCGAUAAAGGUGUUCUAUGAACCGCCACAAGAGCUACUGAAGGGCUCCAGAUUCUGGGCAGGCAUGUUUGCUCUGCUAGGCGCUUGCGCGUUUGUUCUGAUUCCAGUGCAGUACUUCCUGUUCGGACUAGCAGGCGGGAAGCUCGUGGAGCGCGUACGCUCGAUGACGUUCCGAAGUAUCAUGCGCCAAGAAAUCAGUUGGUUUGAUAAACCAGAACACUCAAGCGGAUCAAUUUGCGCGAGGCUGUCUACCGAUGCUCUGAAUGUGAAGCGACUAGUCGGGGACAAUCUAGCACUGAAUGUCCAGACCGCAUCGACCAUCAUGUCAGGCUUCACCAUAGCAAUGGUGGCGAACUGGAAGCUGGCGCUGGUCAUCACAGUCGUGAUCCCUUUUGUGGCUUUCCAAGCCUACGCUCAAAUGCUGUUCCUGAAAGGUCUUAACAGAAACGCAAAGCUGAGGUACGAGGAAGCAAGUCAGGUAGCAACGGACGCGGUCGGUGGCAUCAGGACCGUGGCGUCGUUCUGCGCCGAGAGUAAGGUGAUGGACGCCUACGAGAACAAGUGCGAGUCGCCGAGGAGGCAAGGGAUGAAGGAAGGCGUCGUUGGUGGCUUGGGGUUCGGCUUCUCGUUCGUCGUCUUCUACCUGACGUACGCUCUGUGCUUCUACGUUGGCGCAAGGUUCGUCCACCAAGGGACAGCAACGUUCCCAGAAGUGUUUAGGGUUUUCUUCGUGCUGGCUUUGGCCACAAGUGGGGUCUCGCAGACGAGUGCGGCUGGGGCAGACAGUGCCAAGGCCAACGACUCGGCCGUCUCCAUCUUUGCAAUCCUUGACCGUGAAUCCAAGAUCGACUACAGCAGCGAGGAGGGCGUGACCAUCGCGAGCGUGAGGGGCGACGUCGACUUCCAGAAAGUCUGCUUCAAGUACCCGUUGAGACCGAACGUCCAGAUCUUCAAGGAUUUUUCACUGAGGAUUCCUUCCGGAAAGACUGUCGCGCUGGUCGGAGAGAGUGGAAGCGGCAAGUCGACGGUGAUCGCCCUGCUCGAAAGGUUCUACGACCCGGAAUCCGGCAAGAUCUUCAUCGACGGCGUGGAGCUUGGGACCCUCAAGGUGAGCUGGCUUCGGCAGCAGGCUGGGCUCGUCGCGCAAGAGCCGGUGCUGUUCAACGACACGAUCCGCGCCAACAUAGCCUACGGGAAGCAAGGCGGGGUGGUGUCGGAGGAAGAGGUCGUGGCUGCCGCCGAAGCAGCCAACGCGCACGGGUUCAUCGCCGCGCUGCCCGACGGCUACGACACCGUCGUGGGCGAGAGAGGGAGCCGGCUGUCGGGCGGGCAGAAGCAGCGCGUCGCCAUCGCACGGGCCGUCGUUAAGGACCCCAGGCUGCUGCUGCUGGACGAGGCCACGAGCGCGCUGGACGUGGAGUCGGAGCGCGUGGUUCAGGAGGCCCUAGACCGGGUGAUGGUUGGGAGGACCACCGUGGUGGUGGCGCAUCGCCUGUCCACGAUCAGAGGCGCGGAUGUCAUCGCCGUCUUGAAGGACGGGGCGGUUUUGGAGAAGGGCAGGCACGAAGAACUGAUGCAGGUGAAGGACGGAGCCUAUGCUUCGCUUCUUGAGCUCAGUUCUAGUUCUGCAUGAUCAGAGGGGUAGUUGGCAGAAUGGAGGCGUGUCUGCAUUUUUUAGAUUAAUAAGGAACCAAAGUAUUCCAGACUCCAGACGCGUGCUUGUGCACGGAUAACUAGUUAAUCGCACAGGUCACUACGGCAAAAACAUGUAUUUGGUGACGUGUUUCCGAUUUUAUGUUGCCAAUUAAAUCUGUUUAGCGACUCCUAAAAAAGAUAUCACUAAUAGAACCAUUUUAGUGACGCGUUUUUAUAAAUACGUGUCAUUGAUU